UUGAUAAACGCUGUCACACACACUCUGUUACGUUUCAUCAUUCAUCGGUGUUUCGUGAUCGGAUCCGGAUCGAAGGGAGGAACGGGAUUUUCGAAAGAUCAAACAGCGGAGUGCGGCGGCGGUGGCAGUCGCGGUCGUUUCUAGCUUGAGUCGUGUCGGCGCUUGACGGUGAUUUGAUCCAGGAAAUUGGCGGUUGGUUGACUCGAUGGCGUAUCGGCGGAGACAGCAGCAGGGGAUUUCGAAGCCUUCUUUUUCGGCCUUCGAAGACGAAGCGACUCGAAACCCUAACCUCUUUCCGCCGCCGCCCGACGAUGUUGACGCUUCCGCUUCGUCGUCUUCUUCGUCUUCGCUUGCCGCUAAAGCUAUCAGAGCUUCUUCGGCGCGUCGCGACUCGUCUCUCUCCUCUCUCUACGGUCUCUCCUCUACUUCUUCUUCUCCGACCGCUGCUUCUCAUCCCACUCCGAUUCCUCCUCCUUCCGCUAAGGAUUCAAGAGCAUAUGAAUAUACGUCUAUGAAGAAUGUGAACGAGUCCAAGAAUGGAUUUUGGGGUGUUUUGGCCAGAAAAGCCAAGUCGAUUAUUGAAGAUGAUAAUGUCCCCCGGCAAUCUGAAAUGCCUGGGACGGGGAGGUCACAAUUGCCUGGGGUAGCAUCUAGGGGCAAGUUCCAAAAUUCAAAUCACUUAGAGGAGAGCAAUCUCAAAAGGGACAGUCCAGCAUUUAUGAAGGGAUUAGAUGCUAUCACAUCGUCUCUUACUCAUAUUGGUGGUACCAUUGGUAAAUCUUUGGAGGAAGGUUUAACAAUUGUUGAGAAUCGGACUUCAGAUAUCAUUCAGGAAACUCGCAAACAUAUUAGGAAGAAGCCUGGAAACUUUGUAGGACAAAAUCAGGAGUCAAACCAUUCUACUACAUUGCAUCAGUCCCAAUUGCGGUCCCAGACAUCACCAAAGCAAACAGACCAAGAACUUCAAUUGAAGGCAUCUCGCGACGUUGCAAUGGCAAUGGCUACCAAAGCAAAACUACUUCUGCGGGAGUUGAAGACUGUCAAAGCUGAUCUAGCUUUUGCAAAGGAUCGAUGUGCUCAGCUAGAGGAAGAAAAUAAAAUCCUACGUGAGAAUCGUGAAAGGGGAGAUAACCAUGAUGAUGAUGAUUUGAUACGACUUCAACUCGAGACUCUUCUGGCUGAAAAAGCUCGCCUUGCGCAUGAGAACUCAGUUUAUGCCCGUGAGAAUCGGUUUCUAAGGGAGGUUGUUGAAUACCACCAACUUACAAUGCAAGAUGUUGUCUACUUGGAUGAGAGCAAUGAGGAAGUCACGGAAGUUAACCCUCUGAACUUUCCCCCAGUGCCUAAUAUUUCCCUUGAUUCUAUUACUCCAUCUAUAUUGUCUCCAGAACCCAACCUGGGAUUCAGUUCAGAAUUAACAAGAGGCAUAUCUGUCAAGGAUUCAAAGAGUUCUGAGGUGACUAGAAGUAUCUCCUCUAUCACAGGACAUGAUGCAAAAUAACAUGAAAUUCGUCUGUUACAAUGGUGAUGCACCGCAUUUUGAUACUUUUUUUUUCAUUUAUUAUUUAUUUGCUGCUCGUUUCAUGUGUCGUGGGUAACAUUACCUUGAUGUAAUUUUGUACCGUAUGUUGUGUAACUUGAGUUUUAUUUAGUUAUUUUUGUUCAUUAUAUCAGCAUAUGUUGCCUACAUCAGCAAGUGUCUUGUCUGUAUAGCAAUACUUGACAAAAGAAGUUUCUGUAUAUCAUGGCAGUGUCACUUCUUGUCUAUUUCUAUUUCUUUUAUUGUCACUCUCAUACCAACGAUUAUAUAUAUUUAAUAAUUAUAUUAGUUGA